AUGCAUGACGAAAAAGCAAGCUGCGUUGGACUAAAGCUGAACCCAGAAACGGGGAAUUUCGUUCCACUUGUCAGUCCGUGCACUGUUCUCCGCGCCAGUAUCUGCGUCGUCGGUUCUUUAUCCGCUCCCGACAAAAUCUCGCCGCGGACAAUUUCCGCACCGCCGCUAGAAUAUCACGAUAAGCUGAGGCAAUUUUUCUGGCUCGGCCUAGGCCAAGGGCUGAAUUUCACGAAGCUGGAAAACGAGCCGACAGCGAGUCCAAGCCUGUUCAUUUCUAACGCGAGUCGACUCAGCCAAAUCUCCAGCGACUCAAGGGAUUUCCUCCAAAAUUCAUCUUUUCUCCAUCCCAGCGGCUUCGUAAAAGCCGGUCAACUCGCAGGAGACUUUAUACGAAACCUUGACGGCUCCAUCAACGCUCGCAGAUGGAUGCUAGAAGAAGAAAAUGACGACAAUGGAUUUACGGAAGGAUCUGCUGAUAGCCCUCUUUUGCGCUUCCAGCGAAAAGGUGGCGAGUCAAAAUUUAACCCACAGCUUAUUCCUGUCGACCUGUCCUCCGCUGGUUCCGGCUUGAGCAGCGAUUCUAAACAGCCACAAUUCGCCGAUUUCACUGUCGACAAGCUUGUCAAAGUGGUGUCCCUGCAGCUUGGCGGCGACAAGUUCUCGAUUUUCCGUGAGCCUGAAUACAAGUUUGGGCGAAAUGAAAAAGAAGAACGAAAACAAAUCGCGCUGCGUCGUCUCCUGCGCCCCUCGUCCAACUAUGAGAUCAGCGCAAAAUUCAGAAGCUUACUCGCCGAGGCUGAGGAUUUAUGCGAGCUUUUAAACUUUCUACGCCAGAUAAAGUCGAACAAAAUUUCGACACUAGCGGGUUUCCUAGAGUUGGGAAACGUGGUUGGUGGUGGCUCCAAACAUUUCGUCUCCGACUCAGCCGUGUUCGAUCUGUUAUAUACUCGGGCUCAAUUCACUGCGCCGGACGCGCUACAAAAUUUCUUCAGCUUCGCCCUCGCGCAACCCCAACAUUCCACAUGGAAAUAG